AUGCCAGUGAAUACAAGCAAAGAACUUUUAGACUUUGAAGAUUGUCAUGAAACUAUUAUAGAAAAAAAGAUUGCCGGUCUUUUAAAGAAGACUGGAAGUAAAUCCUUGAAUAAACGAAAUAGGAAACAAAAAUCCGAGAAAUCCGAUAAAUUAGAAACCUUUCCUUUGGCGCCUCCUACAGACUUGUAUUCAAGGAUUAACGAAUUUUUACCGCAAAUCGCAUCAGAAAAUGAAGAAAAGCAAAGUUCCAACACUGAGCAAAUUAAAAAAAGUGAUAAAAACCUAUUGAAGACUUUCCCUUUGAAACCUCCUACAAAUUUAUUUUCAAGGGUUACUGAAUUCUUGCCGCGCAUUGCAUCAAAAAAUGAACAACUUGCGAAAGAAGACCCAACUAGGAUUAAUAUCGAACAUAUCGAGGAGGACACGGAAUACGUAAUUGAAUGGGAUCUAGGAGUUGGCGUGUUUGAACACCAGAAAGAAUUUUCCGAAGAUGACAUUAUAAUCUGCUCAAGUUCUAAACCAAAAGAAAUAACCUAUGAACCAAUACUUUGA